GUGAACCAUUGUCAAAUCUCAUAUCUCCUCUCUUCCUCUCGCUGUCUUUAACCAGACUGUCGUAUGGUUGUACAUUCUUUUACAACCAUUCAGCUCGCUAGUGUGGACAACACAACUAGAGUCCAAGUGGGUGACCCUCCGUUCGUCGUCGAGUAGCAAUAAAUAUGGCCGAUUUAGAUGAUUUUUUCGCCAAGAAAGACAAGAAGAAGUCGAAAAAGCCCAAGUUCUUAACUGCCGAAGAGUUGGUCAAGAAUCUGGAAGAGUCAUCAAAGCGGGAAGUGUUGAAACCGAAAAAACCUGAAACCACGACCACAACAGCGCCUGCUGCAACAGAAAUUGGCAAUGUUGAGGAAAAAAUUGUCGAACAACCCCAAGAGGAUGAGUGGAAGGAGAUUGAGGAGGAACAGCGCAAGGAUUAUUCCGGCUUGAAAAUCGGCCAAUUAACAUUGAACGAUGAUGAUGAUUUAAGCGCUUCCGAGGGUCAAGAUGAAGACGGCGACAGUGAUGGCAAUGGAAAUGGUGAUUCCGUUAGAAUCGGUGCUGGUGGUGUCUGGAAAAAGGUCAUACCCGCCGAAGAAGUGACGCAGAUACCCAUGGAUAUGCCGCCAAAACCUGUUUCAAAAGUCUAUGUUUCGCCAGCCUUAAGAGCAGCGGCAGCGCAAGGUUCUGGCCCCAAACCGAAAGUGCGUUCAAAAACCGCUCCUGAUAUUACAAAUGCCGAUUUCUUCCCUACACUGGGUGCGGCAAGGCCCGAAGAACAACGCAAAAAGAAAAAUGAACCCGCAUUUGAGGAAGUCCGUCAUGGAGGCCGUGUGCAAAGGGUCAAAGAGACCACUGCAGCUCCCACAGCGGCCACAAAUCGUUUCCAAUCGCUGGACGAGGCAGAAAGCUAAGACCCUUAAGGACGACAUACAAACAACAACAUUCAUCAACAUACACAAACACACGCUACAAUAUACAUAUGGGAAAGAGUUUGGUCAUCGUCUCCUGAAACUGCCUUUCAACUUACUAUUUUUUCAGUUUGUAUGUUACCAUCACCUAGGUUCUUUGGUUUGCAGGCUGCUGUAUGGGUGCAUUUUCCUCAAAGCGGGAAAUUGUCCUAUAAACACAUAAUUCCUUUAUAAGUGGAGAGUUUUUUUUUCAAACUCUCAAGUUUGUAGUGACUUUUUCCAAUUUAAAAUUCCCUGAUGUUUAUUUUUGCCAUUUUUUACGAGAAAGCAUUUUCCCGCAAUUAAAAACAAAAAGUAGGAAGAGAAAAAAAAUAUUGUGUUACCAACAACAUCCACCCGCCCUUUGUUUUCACACACAGAGGUUGCAGUGUAACUACACACACACACACUUGGCAACCUUAAAUUUACUACUGCAGAAACAUUUUGAUGUUUAUUUUUUUAUUUUAUUUUGUAAAACCUUGUCAAAACCCGCGCUCCCUUUUUUUAUAUCAAAAUAUAUUUUUUUGUAUCAUUAUAAAGAAGAAAAACGAACGUUGAAACUCUAUUUGAAAAGAGAAACGGGUAAAUAAAAAAAAAACAUGGAAACGUAAACAUAUAAAUAUAAAUAAAAAAUAGCUUACUAAGCGAAAACACAAGAAAGUUGUUUGUUCCAA